CCGGACCGGACAUAAAUACGACCCGCCCGACGGUUAACCGCCGCGUCCGCCACCGCCACCGCCACCGCCACAAGCUCCGCCGCGGCCGCCGCUCCCGAUCCAGCGUGCGUGCGUGCUGACCGGCCCGAGGCCUAGUAGCCCCCCUCCCCUGAUCUGGGCGGCCCAUGGUGGGGCUGGUACCUCCAGGCGGCAGCAGCGGCGGCGGCGAGAUCUAGGGUUUUCGCGCCUCGGGGGUGUGGCGAGGGGGAGCGAUGGGCCGCCGGAAGGUCACCGCGACGCCGCCGCGUGGCUCGGCGAUGGCGGGGGGCGGCGUCAUAUCCGAAAUCCGUGAGAAACACAAAUUGGAACUGGAGAAUUUGACACUAACAAAGCAUCCGUUCAGGACAUUACAUUUUUUCAUGUUAGCUAUGUUGCAAUACUUGAAAAGAUUAGCAACAUAUAUCCUGAGUAGGGGUGCUUUGUUUGUUCUCCUCAUUGUUUUAGUUCUAGCUCCUGGGAUUUUGCUCGUGGCUACAGAUGGUCUGCAUAAAAAGCAUGUGCAGGAGUUCUUGAAUUAUGUUAGAUAUGUGUUAUGGUGGGUUUCAUUGGGUGUGGCUUCGUCAAUUGGACUAGGUUCAGGUUUGCAUACAUUUGUUCUAUAUCUGGGCCCACAUAUUGCCCUCUUUACUAUUAAGGCUGUUCAAUGUGGUCGGAUCGAUUUGAAAACUGCUCCAUAUGAUACCAUACAGCUUAAGCAAGGGCCAUCAUGGCUUGACAAGAAGUGUUCAGACUUUGGACCACCGUUGUACCAAGCAUCAGCUCAUUCGGUGAGGAUCCCAGUUUUUGAAUUACUCCCUCAGGUUCAGCUGGAAGCCGUUCUUUGGGGCAUUGGUACAGCGCUUGGAGAGCUACCUCCUUAUUUUAUAUCACGAGCUGCUAGUUUAUCAGGAAGUGAACCAGAAGCUGUCAAGGAGCUAGAUGCUACUGCUUCUAAUGAACAUGGUCCACUAGCAUCUACUCUGAAUCGAACAAAACGCUGGCUCCUCUCUCACUCUCAGCAUCUCAACUUCAUUACUAUCCUGAUUCUUGCUUCGGUCCCAAACCCAUUAUUUGACCUUGCUGGUAUAAUGUGUGGGCAAUUUGGCAUUCCCUUCUGGGAGUUCUUCUUUGCUACUUUGAUUGGGAAGGCCAUCAUCAAGACGCAUAUCCAGACACUAUUUAUUAUCUCCCUGUGCAACAACCAACUCUUGUAUCUUAUGGAAAAAGAAUUGAUCUGGAUAUUUGGCCACAUUCCUGGGUUUUCUGCCACCCUGCCAUCUGUGAUUGCCAAGCUCCACAGUGCCAAGGAUAAGUAUUUAUCACCACCAACAUCAACUGCGUCGUCCUCGCCUAUAGAGGAUAAUCAAUGGAAUUUCUCGUUUACAUUGGUCUGGAACACUGUGGUGUGGCUUGUGCUUGUGAACUUCUUCAUUAAGAUCGUCAGAUCAACAGCCCAAGAAUAUCUUAAAAAGCAGCAGGAUAUAGAGAUGGAGCUUAUUACUGAUUCCUCUCCCCAGAGUCAGUCUAAAACUAACUAAAUACUGCAACUGGUGGCGUUUAUUCAGCUGCAAGUUGCAAUUAUUCUCCUCUUGACUCCUGGCCAAGCCCUUGCAGAUGAUACCAAGUACCGAUUUUGUUGGUAUUUGUAAUUAUUCAUCUGUACAGCGAGCAAAAUACGGGCUUGAUUAACUUACCCAAGUGAUGGCUACAAUCUUGUCAUUGAACCUUGGGUUGGCUGUUCCUCGAGGAGAAUCAAUCUGUUAGGCUGUUAUUUUUUAGACUUCAACACAGAUGAACCUUAGGAAUUGUUUACGAAGCAUGGUUGCAUUAAUGAGGUGUAUCACUGGUGCUUUUUGUUUUUUCCUUCUCUAUAUUUUGAAAAUACUUUAGAAAGCUCGAUGAUACAUUUCAUUAUUCAGUUCACUGUAAAAUGCAGAUUUGCAACUGGUCCCCGCUAGAAUUUAAUGGAACAGACUGCUUCGGCUAUGCUCGGUGCUUCGCCAAAUGAAACUUUUGAUGCAAGUAAUAUAUUGUGAUGUACAACGCAA